AGUGCGCCCUCUACUUCGUUACUCGUAUUUGUAUAUGUGAUGUGGAGAAUAGAUUGGCUUAUGUAAAAAGAAAAAGAAUACAAAAAAAAUUAUAUUAGGUUAAUAAAAGAGGUAGCGCGUUAGAAUUAUUUCUUAAAAUGGUACUUAUCGCUGCUGCUGUAUGCACAAAGGCGGGAAAAACCAUCAUUUCCCGUCAAUUUGUUGAAAUGACAAAAGCAAGAAUCGAAGGAUUACUAGCUGCAUUUCCAAAGUUAAUGAGUUCCGGUAAACAGCAUACUUUUGUUGAAACAGAAUCUGUAAGAUAUGUUUAUCAACCAUUAGAAAAAGUAUACAUGCUACUCAUUACGACAAAGGCUAGCAAUAUCUUGGAAGAUUUAGAAACUUUACGACUCUUUGCAAGAGUGAUCCCAGAAUAUUGUGUUUCGAUGGAUGAACUUGAAAUAGCAGAUAAUGCAUUCAAUUUAAUAUUUGCAUUUGAUGAAAUUGUCGCUUUAGGAUAUAGAGAAAGUGUCAAUCUUGCGCAAAUAAGAACUUUUGUAGAAAUGGAUUCUCACGAGGAAAAGGUUUAUCGUGCAGUGAGAAUGACUCAAGAACGUGAAGCUAAAAAUAAAAUGCGCGAGAAAGCUAAAGAAUUACAACGGCAGCGAAUGGAAGCGAAUAAGAAAACUGGUAUCAAAAGUCCAGGUUUUGGUAGUGGUUACGGAAGCGGUGGUUUCACUCCAACUCCUACGGUUGGAGAUACUGCUAAUUUUGUUCCUGAUACAGUGAGACCAUCAUAUACUCCAGUACAAAAGCCAGCCAAUACUGGUCCAGGGGCAAUGAAGCUUGGUGGAAAAUCUCGAGAUGUUGAUUCGUUUGUUGACCAAUUGAAAGAAGAAGGUGAAAAUGUUGUGAGUGCUCCACUUGCAGCGUUAGGAUCAAAACCUGUGCCAAUCAGUCCUCAGAUAAUUAAUACUGAACCUGUUCACCUACGACAAGAAGAGAGACUUAAUGUACGCAUUGGACAUAAUGGAGGUCUUCAACACUUCGAGUUACAUGGUUUGGUAACACUGCAUAUUUCUGAUGAAAAGUGGGGUCGUAUCCGUGUUCAACUUGAAAACAGGGAUUCAAGAGGAAUUCAAUUACAAACUCAUCCAAAUGUCGAUAAAGAAUUAUUUAGGACUCGCGGUCAAAUUGGAUUAAAAAUACCUACUAAACCAUUCCCAUUGAACACAGAUGUUGGUGUAUUAAAGUGGCGUCUACAAGCUCAAGACGAAACAGCAUUACCAAUUUCAAUAAACUGUUGGCCUAGUGAAAGCAGUGAUGGGGGUUGGGAUGUAAACAUUGAGUAUGAAUUACAACAAGAUGAUCUUGAAUUAAAUGACGUAAACAUAAACAUUCCACUUCCAAUUGGAUGUACUCCUAUAGUAAGCUCAUUUGAUGGACAAUACACGCAUGAGACAAAGAAAAAUAUAUUAAUAUGGUCGCUGCCAUUAGUCGAUGCCUCGACAAAAUCUGGUUCAAUGGAAUUUUUUGCCCCAUCUUCAACGCCCGCAGAUUUCUAUCCACUUCAUGUUUCUUUUGCAUCCAAGACGUCGUAUGCCAAAAUAAAGAUUACGGAAGUUUUAUUAGUAGAAGACGAGAGUCCUGUAAAACAUUCUAUAGAAACAGUUUUCUUUACUGACAAUUAUGAAGUGGUAUAAGCUGCAAAAACAAAAAAGAAAAGUAGAUGUUAGUCUACAUACGCUUUGAACACAUGGAAAUGAAUACGGUACAUUGGAAAACGUAAUUUUUAUGAUAAGCAACUAGCCUAAUUAGUAUUCAUAUGCCAAUCAGAUUUCUAUUUCCAUAUGAUCAUUUACUUAAUGAUCUCAUGGUAACUGCAAAAAUGUAUUGCAGUAUAUUAAUGUGCACAUUACAAUCAUAUUGUUGUAAUUGUAUGUUCAAUAUUAAUUUAUCCGAGACAAAAACUACAAAAAAAAGUGUAUUUUAAUUAAGAAAAAAAGAUAAAUAUCUUCAAAUAUAGUCAAGUUUAAUCAAGUUUAUUGAAUUAAUUGCAUAUAAAGAACAUUUAUAGACGCUAUGUUUGAUUAUUUACGUCAAAUUAAAAUAUUAAAUGGCAAAGACUGUCAUUUAUUUUCACAAAGAACAAAUAAUUUCACUGUUCAUAUGCCUUUUGUGCAUUGUUGCAUACAUAUGAUUACUUCUUUAGCGUUCUAAAAA